CUUCCCUGCUUUCAUCAGAAGGAAAAACAGUGGCACGAAAAGAUUUGCAAACAGACAGAAAAUCCCUUCCAAUAACACGUUUUUUUUGUGCAAAUAUGCACGCUGUGAAUGUUAUUGUGACUAUGCACACCCAUGUAUCUAUCUAAACAUUUUCUUUCUUCCGAUGACCGCAGUCCACGCUCAUUGUCCAGUGUGUCUCACUUGAACGAACUGGUCCAGCAAGUUAUUUCUGGGCUGGUUUUCACAGAGCUCCACAUCGAUGUGCCAGCGUACCUGCUGAACGGACACUACGUGUUUGGAGACACUCCUGCUUGUUUUUUUCCUCACUUCCAGUGGAAAGUCCUCCGGCACCGCCAUGAGGUGCUUCGUCGUCUUUAUGAUCUUUCUCUACGGUGUCGAAUUUAUUGGAUGUAAGCCCUCGUCGCAGUGUCCGAGCGGACAGUUUAUGCUGAAGACUCAGUGUGUCCUCUGUCAUCCCACCUGCUCUGAGUGCAGCGGACAUGAGCUGUUUGAAUGCACUACCUGUGGAGUUGAUGAAGAUGGACAGGAACGUUUCUUCCACCAAGGUCGCUGUCGGACACACUGCCCCCGGGGACUCUACCCUGACAGGGGUCACUAUGCCUGUCUGCCCUGCAUAGCCAAUUGUGAACUCUGCACAGAUGGCAACAUAUGUGCCAAAUGUCAUGAAUACUACAAACUCCAGAAUGGGGUCUGCCAAAUGGCAUCUUGUAACGCAGGGCAGGUGCAGGACCCUGAUACAGGAGAGUGCAUUGACUGUGAGGUGGGCUGCAAAACGUGUUCAGCAGAAGACCCUGAGAUCUGCAACAGCUGUGUUGAAGGUUACUUGCUGUUCAGACAUCAGUGUCGCAGGCAUUGCCCACAGAGCACCUACGAGGACCGGGGUAGGGGUGUAUGUCUGUCCUGUCCAGCACCAUGCACAGACUGCAAGAGUAACACACGCUGCCUUGCCUGCCAGCGUGGCUACUACCUCAAUGGAGGCGAGUGUAUUAAACAGUGCCCACAGCAAACCUUCAGUGACUCCAGCGGGUGGCGCUGCCAGCCUUGCCACGGCUCAUGCCAGACAUGUCAUGGGCCUCGUUCAACGGACUGCGACCUUUGUCUUGGUGGUAACCCUCCUCUACAUGGGCAGUGUCCUCUGGUCAACUGUCCACUGGGACAGUACUACGACGGGAAAUAUGGUGAAUGUCACGCGUGUGACGCCUCGUGUAAGACCUGCUUUGGCCCUCAGGCGCUGGAUUGUUCUUCUUGUUUCAAAGGAUAUUUCCUGGACCAGGACAGUUCUUGUGUAGCUCAGUGUCCAUCUGGCUCCUAUGCAAACUCUGCUACUCAGCUGUGUGAGGAAUGCUCACCGAACUGUGAAUCUUGUGUUGACACAAGUGAUAACUGCAUCAGUUGUUCCAAGAGCGGCUAUAAACUUUUUCUCCACCAGGGGAGGUGCUGGUCAAAUUGCCCAGAAGGUUUCUUUGAGGCAGCAGAGGGGUCAUGUGAAGCCUGCGAUAACUCCUGUCUGACAUGCGAUGGGAUCAAGUCCCAGUGUCUGUCCUGCGCUGAUGGUCACUACUUAGAGAGUGGUACGUGUCGACUAAACUGUUCACUGCGGACGUACGCUGCAGAUGAUGGUACCUGCAGACGCUGUCCCCCACACUGCGACGUUUGCUCAGAUGACAGGACCUGUUUCAAAUGCAGUUUCCUCUACCUGAUGCUGAAUGGCAUGUGUAAAGCUAGUUGUCCCAUGGGCUAUUAUGAGGAUAUGGAGGAGGGCCGCUGUGGUCAGUGCCACCCUACCUGUGCCAGCUGUUCGGGGCCCCUGGCAGAUCACUGUGAGACCUGCUCAACUUUUAGCCCCAAACUCUAUAAGGGUGCAUGCUCCAAAGACUGCCCCACUGAUACUUACUAUGAAACUGAAGCUAUGGAAUGUCAAGAGUGCCACCAGACAUGUAUGAGCUGCUCCGGCCCAGACGCAAACCAGUGCACCCAGUGCGAGAAGGGACUUGUACUGGAUCCAAACACGUUGCUGUGUGGCGUGACGGGUGACACAGACUGCCCAUCAAGGACCUACCUGCACGAUGACCAGUUCACCUGCAUGGGUUGCCACCGACACUGUUACUCCUGCGAGGGGUCGGGCAGCGAUGAAUGCCAGACCUGUGCUGUCCCCAGAUUCCUUCACAACAGCAGCUGUGUGAGCGAGUGUCCGGCUGGUACAUUCAACACAAGGCAGGUUGCUGAUGGAACAGAGCUGGGAUACUGUUUGCCUUGUGACCGCGCCUGUUCCACCUGCUCUGGUUCAUCACCCAGAGAUUGUCUCACUUGCUCUCCAGGAUACCUGCGUCUCCUUCAACUCUGUGUCACACACUGUCCCACGGGGUAUUAUAGAGAGGGCUUCCACUGUGAGAAAUGUGACCAGUCCUGUGAGCUGUGCACAGGACCAGGACCUGAGUCCUGCAGGACCUGUUCACCUCCACUGCUGGAGCUGCAAGGCACCAAGCUUUGUGUUGGGCGCUGCCCAACACGCUUUUAUCAACUCAAUGACAUCUGCAAACAGUGCCACACCAGUUGUCAGACCUGCUCAGAUGCCUCGCCUCAGGGCUGCUUGACGUGCGACUGGGGCAGCACUCUAAAGGACCAUGUCUGCUAUCCACGCUGUGAGGAGGGACGAUACUUCUCGGUCGAGGAAACCUGUGAGCCAUGUGACAGCUCGUGUAGGCAUUGCACCGGCCCCAGGCCCGACCAGUGUCUGACCUGUCACUUGGACUCUGCUCUUCAUGCUGUGGAGAACCGCUGUGCCCGCUGCUGUCACACUGGAGGGAAUGACACUGAUUGCUGUGUUUGUGACAACCGCUCAGCUCUAUGUGUGGAGGCCCCCCAACACAAGUCAGGAGACGAUCAGGUAAUAGACCUGAAUAUGUCAUCUAGAGCUCUGAACCACACCUCAGCCACCCUGCCCGUUGCCCUGCUGCUUGCACUGGUGUUGGCUCUGGCCGUGUUUGCCUUGGUCAAGGCCCAUGCCAGGAAGAGGCUGUGCUGGAGCCAGAGCUAUGAGAGACUGAGUGGCAGCGCCAGCAUCAGCAUGCCCCACGGUGUGCCGGAGCCGGACAGUGGAGAUGAGGUGGAUGUGGUGUACACCAGCAGAGGUGGAUCGGUAUAUCGGCGCUACAGCUUCAUCCACGAGCAGGACACCGAUGCAGACCAGGAUGUGGAUGAGAGCACAUGUCUCAAUCAGUCGUAGAUACAUCCAAAGUUGAGCUUACAGUCAUAUCAAGACUGACAGGUGAAUUCAAUAUAGUUUAAAGUUUAGAAGAGAAUGUCGUAGUAUUUUAAAAAUUGCUUGUGUUGCUUUUUUGAGUUCUGGUGUUUAUUUUGUUCUACAAAGUGCCUGUAUGUGUAUAAUACACACUCUUAGAUGAGGCAUUUGUGAGUAAAUUGUGACAAAAAAAAAUACAUAUAUAUGUGUAUAUGUAUGUGUAUGGUUUUUUU